AUGAUCGUGGCCGAGGAGAUCGAGCACCAAUCAUGGACGCUCACAGACGAGGCAAAGGGGUAUCUCGACACGGGCUCGCCCGAAGCGCAGGUGUUCAACGCCGUGCCAGAUGGCGGCGUCCCAUUGGACGCGCUGAAGAAAUCCCUCGGCGCGGUCGCGGAUAUUGGCAUGAAGCAGGCCAUGGCGAAUAAGUGGCUCGCUAUAAGCAAGGGCGAGGGGGGUCCCACUGUUCAGCGGAAAGUGGCUUCUAUCGAGGAUAAAGUGCAGCGGUUGCUGACAAGCCUGAGCAAAGGAGAGACCCUCCCCACCCCCGACCUGGACUAUCUACACAAGAAGCGCAAGCUAGUGUCUCCCAGCGUGUGGCCCACAUACGCGCUGGGCAACGGCCUGUUUCUCGUUCCUCCCUCGCUCAUGCUAUCCAUUCCUCCCUCAUCCCCCCUCCCCCUUUCCCCACAGACCCUCCCUGCGCCCGACCUGGACUAUCUACACAAGAAGCGCAAGCUGGUGUCUCCCAGCACUCUCCCCACCCCCGACCUGGACUAUCUACACAAGAAGCGCAAGCUGGUUUCGCCCAGCGUGUGGCGCACGUACGCGCUGGGCAAGGGGGCCAAGUUCGCGCUGGAGAAGAAGAAGGCUGCCACGGACCUCACCAGAGAGAUGAUCCAGAGCACGUACGCGCUGGGCAAGGGGGCCAAGUUCGCUUUGGAGAAGAAGAAGGCUGCCACGGACCUCACCAGAGAGAUGAUCCAGAGUGGAGCAUGGAAGGCGGAGGAGUUCAAGCCCUACAACUUCAACGCUCUCGGUCUGCCCACCGAGGGGGGCCACCUGCACCCGCUGCUGAAAGUGCGCGCCCAGUUCCGCAAGAUCUUUCUCGAGAUGGGCUUCCAAGAGAUGCCGACCAACAACUUUGUGGAGAGCAGCUUCUGGAACUUCGACGCACUCUUCCAGCCGCAGCAGCACCCCGCCAGAGACUCACACGAUACCUUCUUCCUCACAGCCCCCGCUGCAACGAAGGAGCUGCCAGAGGACUACCUGCAGCGCGUGAAAACGAUGCACGAGACAGGGGGGCAUGGCUCCACUGGUUAUGGAUACGACUGGAAGCGGGCGGAAGCAGAGAAGAACCUGCUGCGCACACACACCACCGCGGUUUCCUCCCGCAUCCUGUACCGGCUGGCGCAGGAGGGCUUCCAGCCUCGCAAGUACUUCUCGAUCGACCGGGUGUUUAGGAAUGAAGCAGUCGACAGGACGCACCUGGCGGAAUUUCACCAGAUUGAAGGUGUGAUCUGUGACAGGGGCACCACUCUCGGCGACCUCAUAGGCGUGCUCAACCAGUUCUUUGCCAGACUCGGUAUCACUCGCCUGCGUUUCAAGCCUGCAUACAAUCCCUACACCGAGCCCAGCAUGGAAAUCUUCAGCUACCACGAGCAGCUAAAGAAGUGGGUGGAGGUGGGCAACAGCGGCAUGUUCCGCCCUGAGAUGCUGCAGCCAAUGGGCCUCCCCCCUGACGUCUCUGUCAUUGCCUGGGGGCUGUCCCUUGAACGACCCACUAUGAUCCUGUAUCACAUUGACAACAUCCGUGAUCUCUUUGGUCAUAAGGUUGACCUGAAGCUGAUCAAAUCGAAUCCAAUCUGCCGCCUCGGCCUUUGA